CACCACCUGCCAUGUCAAUGACAUCAAUUACUGUAAAUAAUUACAUCUUUUAUUUUACACUCUUUUUAUCGCCCAACAUUUAAUUGCUGGCCAAAGUAGAUAAUUUAAUUUCGCUAAAAGUAAUCAAUUUUUUCGCCUUUUCCCUCCUACUUCCAGGCUUAGAACGGAUCGCUGAGGAGUUGAUGGAACGCAUGAAAUGGAAGCAAUACCAAGAGCCAUUAACUACGCGCGCCCAUACAAAUCACACAGCCGUACAAUCGCCUGCCGAGACAGCAGCCACAGCCGACUUACCACCAGCAACCGCUGCCACCAGUUCAGCAGCGACCUCAGUAGCAAUCCCAGAAAUCCCAGUAGCACCACAACAGCAGCAGACAGCAGCCACCGAGCACAGUUCAAAGAUAACCGAUCGGCAGCAGCAUCACAGCCCCAGCGUUCAGUGUGUAGAGGAAGAGACGAAGAAAACUUCAUUUUCACCGCAACGAUCGGCAGUGAUCAACGAUCUCGCCGACGUCAAGUGUGCAGCGAAUCAAGCGCUAAGCGGCAAGAGCAACGGCAUUGCAACGGACAGCAACAACAGCACGAGCCAACACGAGCUAUCACAAGAACGCAUAGUCGAAGGUCAACAACCACAACAACAAUACAAAGGAAAUACGCAUCAAACCAAUUGCGUGGAAGAUUCCAUUAAGGGUAAGGAGGGAUCGGAAGAGAAGCAGAAGGUGCAAGCUGUUACAGACAACACGACAACAUCACAUAAUCACAAACAACUUCACCACAACAACAGUAAUAGUUUAGUGUUAAAUAAUAACUUUAACAACACAUCAGCAUCUACAACAAAAGUAACAAAUUCAUCACACGAAAUUACGUCAAUAAACAUCACAAGCGAUAUCGACUUGUCAACUACAUCACCACCGUCAAAACAUCCUCCUCAACCAGCAGCAGCAGCAGCUAAGGCGCACAGCGUGCACACCGUUCAACCGGUCGAUUGGAAACCGAAUGAGAAGUGUUAUUUUUGUGUGGACGGCAGAUUACUCACGGUGAACGCGAAGGGCGAAUUAGUAGCCGAGCCGGCGGGCCCUCUAGUGUCCGCCGUCGGCGGCGAUCCAGUGGAACACGGUCAAAGGCUUGAGACCGAUAGCGAUUCCAAUGAAUCAUCCCAUGUGAACUCAUUAAACAGUACAACAACAACAACAACAAGAACAGCAGCAGCAACUGGAGCUAUAGUUAACCCCCUCACACAUACCAAUACAAAUAACAGUACCAGCAACAAUACCAACAGUAACAGCAACAACCACUACAACAAUAACAACAAUCGCAUCAACUGGAACAAAUUGCUGACGACACGUUUGGUCGACUUGCCGGCGAACAUGACUUCAAUGGACUCAAUGGCCGCACAAUUAGCAGUCAUUUCUGGUUACCCAAAUUUCAAUUGGCUACAAUUGAUGCAACAACAGCAGCAACAACAACAACAGCCGCAUUCAACACCUACCACGCAGCAACAGCAACAAGAACAGACACAUCCACAACAACAGCAGGAGCAGCGACAGCAGCAACAACAACAACAACAGCCUCCAACAAAUUCGGCGACACCAACUACCUCAGAGACAUCGGCCGCCGCUGUUAGUCCACCACUCAAGGAUUCGCCCAGUCCCAGUGAUGCCACCGGCGAACAACCAUUAGAUCUUAGUUCCAAGCCAUCGCCAAAUUCAUCAAUUAGCGGCGAUUUGAAAACAGUACGUACCAAAACGAUGCGUACGACGCCCGUAAUCUCUUCACGCCGCCCCUACACCGAUGAUGCUCUUAGCAGCGUGGUACAGGACAUACUCAGUGGCAAAUAUAGUGCACGAAAACAGCCAGAUCAAUACACCAACAAUUCAAGUGUGAGUCCCGCACGCGUGAGAUCGAGUCGACCCAUGAUGAGUGGCAGCAAGCGCAGCAAUGCCCACCUGGCGAGCGCGCUCUUGCAGGGCGUGGAUGUGGACAAGGACCUGUCUGGUGAUGAAUACAUGAGUACAGGAGAUGGCGCAACAGGAGGCGGUCAUGGUAGUAAUGCCUCCACGCCACAACCAGAACCCGCCGUGCCCUCUGCGCUGGAAGAGCUCGCUGCUCGUCUCAGUGCGACGCAUUCCCUACGAAAAUUUUGUGUAAAUAACGGCGCAGGCAGUGAUUUGGCACGUCGCGAUGGCGCUAAUGAUGCCUCAAACUGCACGGACUUAUCACCAAAGGGCAGCGCGUUAUGUGACGCAGGCACCCCCUCAAGCAGCGCUACGCCGCAGCCACAGCAAUCACCACCCGCCACUGGGUUGGACACUACAUUUGCGAUUUUGCAGGCAUUCCUUUUUACACUCACCAGUUUUGGAGCUUUGCAGCAGCGUGCAGAUCAGCCAAUUACAUUGCGUGAUCUGGUGGAUAAUUUGAAGGAUAUGCUGGAUACCGCGGGUGAUUUGAAUGUAGCAGGGCUUUUCAAUAAUGGUAAACCUAACAUCUUGGAUCAGCCGCUGUUGGCACAAAAGUUGCAGCAACAGACGUCUGCGUAUACGACGCAACGCUUGCCUAAAUCAGACACGCCAGAGACAACUAGUUCUAUGGACAACCAUGAGCCGAUGGCUGACGAACUUGCUGCGUCGAUUCUCAAGAUUCCGUCCUACAAACCAGUGGCAGGCACACCCACUCCCACAUCGGGUUCAGCACGCGCCUCGUGCUCACCGUCUUUGCUAUGCAACAAUUCCACCGCCAACUCAAUGCCAAAUCCCAAUGGCGAUAGUCCGCAUUCCGCACCCUCACCACGCAUCGCCAACUCAAUGUUGGCUGCUGCUGUGGCGGCCGCGAGCAACAAUGGCACCUCCUCCUCCGUCGGUCGGCAGAGCAAUGAUCUUGCAGUCAUCUCGCCACCCUUAAUGCAACACCGCCAAUCACCACCGUCGUUCAGCUUUCGUGAUGUAAUCGCGCGUGGUAUACACCGCACCAUGAAUGAGCAAGCCAACCAGGAGGCGCAUGCGGCGGCAGCUGCUGUGGCUGCAGCUUCAGCACCCAUGUUGGGCUUGUGUCUGGAUAUGGAGCGUCCAACUAAUAACAACAGCGUUGGUGGCACGGAUCACAAAAAGCCAACCAUAUCGGUGGUAAAGAAUAUUGGUGGAACCGACACAACCCGUUUUGGCGCCGCCCCUAAUGUGCUGGAUGGUUCCGCUGGUGCUGGCGUGCCUGGCGGCAGUGCAAGUUCGCAUAACUCCCACGGCUAUCAUCAUCAAGCGCAUAUGCAUAGUACCCAUCACCACCUUGCACAUCACCUUAGUCGUCAAGAAGCAGCAGCACUAGCCGCCGGCAAAGGCACACGACCCAAGCGUGGUAAGUACCGCAACUAUGACCGAGAUAGUUUGAUUGAGGCGGUGCGUGCGGUACAGCGUGGUGAGAUGUCAGUUCAUCGGGCGGGCAGCUACUUUGGUGUGCCACACUCCACACUCGAGUACAAAGUUAAAGAGCGACAUCUCAUGCGACCACGCAAGCGUGAACCUAAACCACAACCCGGUCUAGAUGGCAGCUCAACUUCGAGCAAAACCAACUCUAACAUUCCCGGGCAUCACAAUAAUCUAAAUAAAAUGAAAUUAGGUGGCGCCGGCGGCAGUGGCUCCAACUCUAAACUCAGCGAAACACUUAAAGGCAGUAACAACUCAGCAUCUGCUGCAUUUCCCGCUGCCGCUCCGAACGGCAUGAAAUUGCCCAUCUUCGAUCCCAUCCAAUACCCGGCACACCUCUUUUGGAAUCAUUCGCCGGCGGUGGCCUUCAGUCAAAUGCAAAUGGAACUCAACCGGAAUGCAGUAGCAGCCCAAAGUGCCAGUGCUGUCAAUGCGGCCCAGCGCUACACUGAGGAAGCUCUUCGUGGCAGUGGCGGCGGUUCGGCGGGCACACCGUCAAAUGCCAACAGCCCCAGUCCUAUCGCCAGUCCGCUGUCUGCUGUGGCCGGUCACACACUCAAUAUGAAGAGCGCGCGCGAACUUGCCGAAAAUUUGUACGAAAGCGGUGGCGCCAAUGGUUCCUCAAUACUCGACGGCAUCAUACGAAAAACACUCGAUCGCAAAAGCACCGAUGUUUGCCCGCCCGCCAGCGCCAGCCCCGGUGGCGCGUUGCUUGAUCAGCUGUUGGUAAAGAAAAGUACGCUGCCACCAUACGUGAGCAACAACACCGGCAGUGGCGACCAUCACAUGUCAGCCGCGGUGAUGAACAGCUUGCGUGCUAAGCGUCCCGGCAGUCCACUGAACUACACGGAGAUCAAACGCGAACGUGGCAGUCCGCAACAAAGCAGUGGCGACGACGACGACGAUGACGACGCCUCACGCAGCGGCAACGAGGAAAGUAGUUAUGAGCACAAUAACAACAACAAUAACAAGAGUAGUUACAGCGGCAAUCACGAGCUACAGCUGCAGCCGCAUUCACAUCAACACCAGCACUUACACCACCAACAGCGCAGUCGAAGCCGCAGUCGUCUAACCUCACACGACUCCGCUGAAACCGACACCAACAGCAUACCCAGCGAACUCAUGUCGAAUCACACGAGUGCCAACAAAUCCGUGAUCGAUCUCAAUGGCAAUGGCAGUAGCGCGGCUGUGGGUAUGAGUGGCAUGGUGCCGAAAGCGGAACCACUGAUUGAAUUGGCACAUACGGCACCUACGCUGGGCGGCACAUCAAUACUCCAAGAGAAGUUGGCGCAAAUCAAAGCAGAGCAAGAAAAUGAGGAGAAUUUAUAGGGGUGAAUAAGCUGGCAAUACGACGUGGCAGAGAGAGGCGAGUAUUAGCAAAUGCGGCGAAGAGGAGCUUUGGGCUCAGCCGAUGGAAAUGGAAUCCAUCAUAUGAAAGGGCAAAUCUAAAGGCGCAACAGGACAAAGUGGACCUGCAGGCAUGGAACGCUAUACAAACAAACAAAAAAAAAACAAUAAAGCUGUUGGGCAAAGGAAGGCGAUAUAAAUGAUCUGCGAUCAAAUGUCGCCGAUUGAUUGUCGGUUAUCGGUUAUCGGUAAUCGAUUCAUAAGAAAUGUUUUAGUCAAAAUUUAAGUGAGGGAAUCUAAUUAAGCUCUUAGUGUACUUCUUACAUGGAAACACACACAUGCAAACAGACACAUAUACAUUCAAUUAGUAUAUACAAACAAAUAGUAUAUAAUAUGGUAAUAUAUAUAUAUAUAUAGAUAUAUAUAUAUAAUAUAUAUAUAUAGAAGAUAGGCAUACACACAUACACACACAAAACAAUAAUAAUAAAGAGGAAGAAGAAGAACGACGACAUCCGACGGCAUGUUUAUGAACAUUUGAAUAAAUAAACAACAAAUUUUAAUUAACACAUACAUACAUAUAUACGAUAUCUGUAAUACAUAUUGAUGUGUGCAUUUAACCAGAAAACGCAUGUAUGUAUUUAUUAUAAAUAUUAGAAAUUAAAAACAACAAAUCAAAGUGAAGCGUAGGCAAGAUGAAGUGGAAAACCAACAAAAAAAAACAACAAAAACAAACUGCAGCAAAUAACAGUUAAGAGGAAUGACAUAUGUAACAAAAUAAAUAGUAAAUGAAAGAAAAAGAAAUCACAUAAAAAGUUAGAGCAAAAAAUUUAAUGAAAAAAAUUAAU